AUGAUCCGAGCAUCCGCCUGGCCAUCCAGGCCAGUUGCGAUUGCAGGAGCGACUUUCAUACUGUUACUCAUCCUGCUGGGAAGCACAUUUCACGAAGAUAUCAAGCAGAAUGCGCUCUCGAUGACCUCCAGAGUUCAUCACGAACAGACCACAUUGAAGACGCCAGUCUCGCCUCAGAAGCUACAUCUUCUCUUGCCAGCUUCUGAAGGUGGAUCAGAUCUCUGCAAGACGCUUCUGACUGGAGCGGUCCUUGGCUAUCCGAUUCCGACUCUGAUAGCAUGGAACAAGACUCAUGACGAUGGCAAGCUAUUGGGCGGCGGUAGCCAUGUGGCCAAGAUCUCAGGGGUGCUGGAUUACCUGGAAUCCAUGGAUCGUGCAGACGACAACGAUCUUGUCAUGAUGAUGGAUGCAUACGAUAUCUGGUUCCAGCUGAGGCCCGAGGUCCUGAUCGAUAGGUAUCACACGAUCAACGCUCAUGCCAACCGAAGGUUAACAACCAGUCUCGGCCAAGCAAAGAGCGCCGAAGGCAUUGAACAGAAGAUCAUCUUCGGCGCUGGCAAACGAUGUGCUCCCAAUCAGAUGCACACCAUCGCUUGCUAUCCUAUCCCCAAUUCGCCUCUUCCAGACGAUCUUUACGGUAGCAACACAGACACCGUCAUGGGCAGGAACAAGUACACCAGCUUGAAGCAGCGGUAUUUGAAUUCUGGCUACAUCAUCGGCCCAGCCGCAGAGAUGCGACGCUUAUUCGAGCGCGCCUGGGAGAAAGCCCAAGCCGUGAAAGACCACGACGACUGGGACAACGGCAGCCACGGAUCUGAUUUCAUGUACCACGGCAGCGACCAAUCCAUCUUCAACACCAUCUUCGGCGAGCAGGAGUACCAGCGAGAAGUCAUGCGGCGCCGACACUUGUCCUUGAGCGACAAAGCGCAAGGCCGUGCAAAGUCGAAGGCAACAUAUCUCGAAGGAACAUUGAUCACCGAUCCACUGAGCCCAUCAUUCACCCACGAGCCGGGUGUUGCGAAAGAGGGGAAGCCUGACGAGUUCGGCAUCGGGUUGGAUUACUUUUCCGACCUGGGUCAGCAGACGAUCAAUACUGAUGAGGAUACUCAUUACUUGACGUAUAACCAAGAUAUCAACGAGCAGUUAAAAGACCGAGCCAAGGACCGGAACGACUUUUUCGACUGCAAGAAUCGCGUGGAUGGGGAUUUGCCUCAAGACGUUCUUAAUAGCAGGCCACCACUCACUGCUUUAGACCAGCAGUCAAGCUGGAACGGUGUCUCUUUGUUCUCGAAUCUUUGUUUGAACACGGUACCUGUGAUGAUCCAUCACAACGGUAAUAAGGACGCGAGGCAUUGGCAGUGGACGGAUCUGUGGAUACAGCCGCAUGCGAGGGAAAUGAUGGAGGCUGUGAGGCGGCAGAGUGAUGGCAGCAGCACAACUGUAGAUGGGUUGGAGGUAGCGACGGGAGGAGCACAUCUGCCAGAUGGAGGGCGAUUGAGCUGGGAUCAGCUGUGUCCUGCUGAGUAUGAAUGGACUCUGUUCAGAGACGUGCCGAAGCCUGAGGGAUGGCCUUGA